AUUAGACUUCAAUGAAAGCAAUUAUAAACAAUCUUGCUAUUGUUUGUUUUUGUUCUCAUGUUUGCUUCCGUCAUCAUUUUUUGUAUCGUGGCACGCAUUUCUAGCGUAGUGAUAAGCGAUUAUUUACCUUAAAUCAGCCGGCAAUACUUUGAUACAACAGACGUUCCCACGCACAAUGAUGCCAAAAACUUACGUUGUUAGUUUACUAUGCGCAGUAUUAGCAUCCGUUUCAAGUUAUGAGAAGAGCGGUUCGUGCUACUCCUUUGCGGAUGGCUCAGUGUAUCCUUCUGAAGGGCCCCGAGGUGAUCACAAGCUACAAACUACUAAGGCAGUCAUAUCUAAACCAGCUCCACCGUUUGAGGGUACUGCCGUAGUCAAAGGCGAUUUCAUCAAAUUAUCACUUUCUCAAUAUAAGGGGAAAUACGUAGUUCUUCUUUUUUACCCACUUGACUUCACUUUUGUAUGUCCAACUGAAAUUAUUGCUUUUUCGGAUCGUAUUGAAGAGUUCCGUAAAAUCAAUGCUGAGGUUGUGGCUGUCAGUGUUGAUUCACACUUUACACACUUGGCUUGGAUCAAUACACCACGAAAGGAGGGAGGCCUUGGAUAUGUGAAAAUUCCAUUGCUUUCUGAUUUAACGCAUAAAAUCAGCAGAGACUAUGGUGUUUAUUUAGAAGAUUUGGGUCAUACGCUCCGUGGUCUCUUUAUCAUCGACCAUCGUGGCAUUUUACGGCAAAUAACAAUGAAUGAUUUGCCAGUAGGGCGCUCAGUCGACGAAACAAUUCGCUUGGUGCAGGCAUUCCAAUAUACGGAUACCCAUGGAGAAGUGUGCCCCGCGGGCUGGAAGCCUGGUGCAGACACGAUCGUUCCCGAUCCAAAAGAAAAGACGAAAUAUUUCCAAAAAAACAACUAAAAUUCAUAAGGUCGUGUUUACUCUAACUUCCUCAUAUAUUUGGUAUAUGUAUUCCAAAAUUUCUUAUUUUUUUACAAAUACUGAUUGGAUAUCAAAUUAGAAACCAUUAAAAUUGGAUCUAAUAAAUAAAGCAAAAUUGUUUUAUAAGAA